CGAAUGGUUGCUUGGCACCCUGGGCUGGCGCCAGCCGUCGGCGAAUGAAUGCUGUCACUGUUCCCGUGCUGCUUUCGAGAAAACGGCUUAGCCUCUCUUGACGAGGGGGAAAUUCAGGUGCCAACAAACAAACAAACAAACACAGCUUGAAGGUGCAGCCAGUCACAGGGAGGUGGAUGGGAUGGCUGUGUGUGUCGUCUGCCUGUUUGUGUGUGUGACACACAGAUAUCUGAGGGAGGCGAGGUCCGCGAGGGCAAAACAGUCUUCAGAGGCCGACCUUCUCAGCGGCAACAACAAGAUCGUCAGAGGCCACGUUCGCUCUUCUCCGGCCUCGCUCCCCCCGUGCCAUUUCUCCUGAUGGGCAACGGAGGCAGCGCAACCGCCCAGCCAUCUCGGGCCCCCUCAGUGGCGCCAAACCAGGACGAGCCAGAGGAGAUGUCGUCAGCGCCCACCCAAGUGGACCCUCAGAUCAACGUCAGCGGCCGCCUCUCCUUCGCGCAGAAGGGCCUCCCGCACUAUGGCGUGGUCGUCAUUGUGCUUCGUUCAUCUCCCGACAGCAGGCGCCCUGACCCUGUUCGCGUCAAGCUGCAGCAGAGUUUCCUGCAGAUCUUGAAGGACAACCGGCGGCUGACGUGCCGGCUGGUCAAGCCACGGGGCGGGUACCAGUCGGCAGGCCUGCUGGUGGUGGCGGUUGGGGCCGUCGAGGACGCACUGCCCCCAAUGGCGGAGGAGCAGGAGGUGGUCAAGCAGACGCUCACGGGCAAGUGGACCACCUUCAAGAAACACCUUAUGCCGCUCCUCAAGAACGGGUGGGUGAGAGGGGGAAGGCGGCGCUGCAGACACAGUGACGGGAGCGUGGAGGCCUGUCUGUCUGUCUGUUUUGCCUGCUCAGUGACGAUCUGCCGAGGCUGUUCACCCCUGCUGAGACCGUCGAGCUGGUCCGCCGUGAGCUCUACGCCAUGAGAUACUCACACGAUGCGCCGUAUCAGAGCUUCGCCGUAGGCAAAUACCGCGCACCACCGACUGUUGCAUUACCCCGAUGUAUCGGUUAUUUAUCCUUCAGGGUUUGCGUGUGAUGGACGUGUGUCACCAAGCGGGCGCCAUAGAGGCGGACGACGUGUUCCCUGUCCACCGCCGGGAGAUCCUCGCGGACGUGGCCGCUAACUGGAGGAUAGCCAGACAACCACUCAAGAAAGUGGUGAGAGCCAAACUCACUGACACUGACACAGACAGAUGCAUGUCCGCUGGAUCGAUGUGUGGAUGGAUCGACAGGUGCACUACUUCGGUUUCCCGAUGGGUUACUACUUCGCCUUCCUCAACGUCUACAGCAACUGGCUCAUCUACCCAGCCGCUCUAGGCAUCAUAUUCUUCCUGGCUGAUCUCAUCAUGCCGCACCUCAUGCCCUGGGCUGUCGGCCCCGAAAAGCAGACGCCCACCGGGCCCAUCUUCGCCAUCAUCAUGGCCCUCUGGAGCUCAGUGUUUGUCGAAAGCUGGAAGCGACAGGUGCGGUGCGAUGCCAUGCGGCUGCGGCAGCACCCAUUUGACAUCGCACUGAGUGAGCCCUCUGUCUGUCUUGUGCCUAUGUGGUGCAGAUCAACACGUACAGGUUCCGGUGGGGCGCUUGGCGGGGCUUCUGGCACUCGAGGGAGAAGUCGGGGUCGGCAGACUGGCCCGCACACUUCAGACUGCUCAGGUUGGUCUGACUAACUGACACGACAGAACCAAGCACAGGGGUGAUGCACCUCACUCAUUCCUGGUCUCAUCUUCCUUCUCGGCCUCACAUCACACACUCAGGGACAUGCGGAUCCACCCCGCCGAGGACCGUGAGCUGCUGAACCACCCCAAGUUCCAUUUCCUGUUCCAGGUGCGGGAGCAGACCGAGAGGGCCCAGGCAGCUAUCACAGGCAUCGCGCGGAGCAUGACGGGCACCACGGAGCUGUUCAGCCACCAGCGGCAGAGACGUCGCACAUCUGGGAGCCGCAUUCACCUCACUGCAGCUGCCGAAGGGGUCUACUGGAAGUGAGUGGGGAUGGGAUGGGAUGGCUGGAGGGGAAGGGAGAGCACCUCACCUCACCUGGCUGACUUGGUUGAUUCGUUGGUGCGUUUAGGCACUUGGGCAUCUUGCUGGCCGUCCUCCUGAUCAUGGCGUCCACGGGCUUCACCGUAUUCUGCUUGCUGGAGCUGCAGGAAUGGGUCAAGUAAGUCGUGACAGACAAAGAAAGAACGACACACCGACGGACUCUGAUGUGAGUGACAUGACAUCCACUGUGUACGUCUUGUGUUGUCGUGGUCACGUCACAGCAAGAAGACCUCCAACGGUCUGUUGACCCUCUUCCCGACUGUGCUCUAUGUCAUGCUGGCCAUCGUCCUGCAGGUCAGCCAGCUCACAACACGAACCCACACACACCAUCUGCAGCCUUUCCCCCCUGCUCUGCUUGUGUGCCUUGUGUUGUGUGCCCUCAGAGCUUCUACACUCAAGCUGCCUCAUUCCUGACCAGCCUGGAGGGCCACCGCACGAUCUCUCAGUACCAGUCUUCGUUCGUGGUCAAGAACGCCCUGUUUCAACUGCUCAACUUCCUGGGCUACUACAUCUACCUGGCCUUCGCCGCCAAGAACCUCAAAGAACUCUCCACACAACUAUACGUCUUCUUCAUCGUCAAACAGGUCGGUCAACCAGCCGACCAAAGCCACCCAGGCGAGGCGUGCCACACGCACACACAAGUUGUGUGCGUCGUGCCUGCAGGUGUUUUUGAAUCUGAUGGAGCUGGUGCGGCCGUCGGUGCAGUCGAUGCUGCGCAGUGAGGCGACCUCCCCCGCCCUCGACCUCAAUAACCCUCGGCGCGAGCCCCUCUAUGGCCGCAUUAUGAAGGAGGCAUCACUCGCGCCAUCCAACGAGUCCGACGAGUACCUGGAGCUGGCGGUGCAGUUCGGCGUAACGGCCAUGUUCUCAGCGGUGUUCCCCCUAGCCCCUCUGUUUGGCCUCGUCAACAACCUGCAGGAGAUCAGAAGCGACUCAUUCAAGGUGGGCUGGGGUGGGUGGGUGGGUGGAGGGCAGCCAAGGGGAUGUAUGGGCGUGGCCUCACUAGUGUCUUCGCUGCACUGCUCUGCAUGGCCGGUGUGGUGUGUGCUGUGCUGUGCUGCAGGCUUGUCGGUUGAGUCGGCGUCCAUUCCCGUCGAGUGAGAGUGUCUAUCAGAGCUGGGUGGCCGUCUACGAGGGGCUUUCCAUUGUCGGCGUCGUCUCCAACUGCGCACUGCUCGGUCGGCACACGCACACACACACAGACACACACGGCUUGGCUUGCUUGGCCGUGUCGCGCUCACUCUACCUAUCCUGUCAUGGAUAUGUCUGUGUGUGCAGGCAUCCUGCAGGGCUGGUCGUUCGGCACCAUCCUGAUAAUCGAGCACCUGCUGCUGUUCUUCAAGGCAUACCUCGCAUGGUCAAUCCCCGACGUGCCCGAAGAGGUUCAGCAGGGCAUGAUCGAAAGCGACCUUCUGUCUACCCAGCUGGCAGCCGGCAGCCGGGCCCCAUCCCUCCGCACCCCCUCCCCACACACAUCCUCCCCCCUCCCCCAGGUGCCCGAGCAGCCAUCCCCCGCCGCCCUGCGCUUCCCCCCCUCUCGCUCGGUCCGCCCCAGCCUGGCAGUGUGCUCUUCGUUGGGCGAGCUAGACACUGUCGACGACAUGGCCCUUGAGACGCCAUUCUCUGAAGAGGACUUCGAGCCCUAUGAGAUAUUCGAGAGGGAGUGCUACAGCUUCGGCAUGGCGGGCAGGGCCGCCGAGGGGGCCGCGGGGGCGGCGGCGCUCUCUGGGAGGGUGCUCAUCGACUAUGAGGCGAUCUUCAUGUUGGAGGGGUCGUGGAGGCUGCUGCGGGAUGUGUCGGACAGCAUGGAGCCCAUCAUGGCUUUCUUCGGGGUCCCCUGGGUCAAGCGAAUGGUGAGUGAGUGGCCCCACCAAACACACACACACACGUGUGACAAAGCGUCUGUCUGGUGUUGUGUUCUUAUCCUGAAGGCGAUGCAUCGCGCGACGCCCACUUGCAUCAUUACCCUCGGCAUUGAGAGCGACGCCCCCUCGGGCUCUCUCAUGCCAGACAUCGCGUCACUGCACGUCGUCGCGAAACUGCCUCUCGGGAUCACAAAGGUGCGUCAAGACGCGCACAGACCCUGAAAACUGUCACGAUACUCAUCGAUCACGUCUAUGUCACCCACCAGACGAAUGAGGUCCCUCUGGACGGCAGGGAGACGGAGCACUUUGACGAAGACAGUGGUUUGUGGAAGACCACCGCAUGGAUCGAUCGCAACCGUAUUGUCGUCAAACGGGUCCAUCAGACGAGGGAGGCCACCCUCGUCGAAACCAGACAAGUGAGUCAGUCAAGGGAGGGAAACACACCGCAUCGAUGCAGUCACAGACGUCUCGAUGGAUGUCUUCCUCUCUGUCUGCAGUUGUUCGACCCGUCUUCUCGGCGAGGCUCGCUUGGCUGGCCCGCUGGCAAUGAGAUGGUGCUGCGGUACCAGUUCCACCUGACGAGCAGCUCCCCCCAGCUCGUCGACCUCACCAUCAACCGCUACUUCGUGCAGGAGGCCCCCUCCGCCAUCGACCGGUCCGCACUCCUCAGGCGGUUGCCGUCCAACUACAGCGACUCCGGCAGGCUGUCGCUCUACCGUGAUGUGGCGUCGUCCAUCAAGCCCUCCCAGCUGCUCUACGGCACACCCGCGUCGGCCAUGCCCGACAGCAUCAGGUCGGUGGGCGUGCGUGAGCCGGUGGAGAUGAUGGACGAGGAGGAGCCCAAGCCGUCGGCCGAGGAGCUGGAAGAGAUGGAGCGGUACACCAUCGAGGGCAGGAAGGCCUGUGAGGCCCUAUAUGACAUGGCGAGGUCCGACGGCUGGAAGGAGGCCGGCAGGAAGGACGGCGCAAAGGUGAGAGAGAGAGAGAGAGAGGGGAGCAGAAGAGCAUCCAUUCCAUUCCAUCACCGCCCAUCCCACCGAUAUAUGUGAUGUCAUUCAUGUGUGUCAGCUGUACCGGAAAGACAUCCCCAACAUGCCGAUGAUGGGUCGGGGAACGAUAGAGUUCCAGGAGGAGAUACCGGUGCAGACGGUGUUCGACUACAUAUGGGACCCAGACACCAAACCCGAGUACGAUCCCAUGCUCGACGCGGGCUUCAGCCUGCACGUCUACCCAAACGAACUGGGAAUCAUGUACCAGGUCAGUCAGUGAGUGAGAUACAUACAAGGGGAGAUAGAUAGGCAGGCAGGCAGGCCAUCCAACCAACAAUCGCCUUGUAUGUGUUGCGGUGACUGACAACUGGGGUUGCGUCUUGCAGGCCUUCCGUGGUCAGUAUGGUGUGCCGGGUCGCGACUUCAUUGUCAUGGCCUGGAAGGAAUCGGUGCGCCGCACUCACGGGCAUACAGAGCGCACGACAAUGGUCGCCCUCUGUGCGUUUGUGCUUGGCCAUUGCAGUUUGGCGAGGAUCACAUGAUUCUGGGCUUCAAGUCGAUCGACUGGCCGGAUGACGACCGCAUGUCAAAGAAACACGUCAGGGGCAAAUGCAUCGUAAGCCAUCACCCACACCCACACACACUCCCCCCCCCACACACACAGACACACACAUAGACAGGGCAGCUGGUAGCUAGCGAGGGGACUAACCGUACGCUUAACGCAAGUGGUGACCCGGGAGGUUGACUGGUCUCCUCCCCCAGUAGCUGCGCAUUUCGUGGAGCGGCACACACGCCCUCGCCAUACCGAUGAAUGCUCUCAGAGAGUUAGUCUCGUUCUUCAAUGGUCUCUGUUGGGCUGCGUGUCGGGCGAGGGCCCUCAGGGCCUCUCCUCGCCUCGCCGUCGAUGAGACCGUGGGGAGGAGAUGACAUUGUUUUUGAUACACUGCAUAUGAACACACGCUCUUUGCAUGAUGAUCGGUAUUAUGGCUUCCUUGAUAGCUGUUUCUUUGUUGCUGUGUUGGUGUGUGCCCUUAUGUGUGCAGCUUGGUGGCUUCGAGGUGCGUCGUCUCGAGAACGGUCAUGUGGAGCUCUCAUACUUCAACCAGGUAGGUCAGCCACAUAACUAACGUCGCUUUGGGACCACUUGUGUGUGUGUGGCGUGUCAGGCUGAUCUGUGCGGCAACAUCUCCGAGUGGCUGGUGACGCAGGCCAAGCUGGAUCAGCUCAAGAUCGUGACCAAUGUCAAGAGGCAGCUCAUAAAGAAGACGGCAUGAGACAAACGCAGGCAGGCCAGCCAUAGACAGAGACAGGCAAGACAGGGCAAGGCAGUGCAAGGCAAGGCAAGACAAGACCAGUAGGGUAGGCUAGGUAAUUGCAGGUCAAUCGAUAUGGGAUCAUUGGCACUUCUCCCGUCCCAUUGUGCUCUUCGCUCGCAUGGAGGCAACGGCCCCGUGUGUCCAUCCGUCCGUCCCUUCGUCGGUCGGUCGGUCGGUCUGUCUGUCUGACUAUCUGUCUGAGUCAGUUAUGGUGGCUUUGUUGGCCUUAAUUGCUCGUGUGUGGUCCUGUCCUCUGAAGUGUCUGUCUGUCUGUCUGUGUUGGGAGGAGGGGCUGGCAGCUCAGCUGGCUCUGACGUGACUUUGUGUGUGUUUGGACUUGUGGGAUCUCAUCCUGUGUCCUCUUCACCUUGAUCACAUCGCC